AUGAGUGCUAGUGAUCGGUGGGUUAAUCACAAUUUGCAAAGACAGAGGGAAUUAUUAGAAAAACAACGUCAGCGAAGAUUACAAGCUAAUUUAACAAGUACAGUCUUCAAAACAAACGAAAAUGGACAAAAUGAAAAUCAGAAUUUUCAAAUAAAUAAUUCAAAAGAUGUAUUUAAUUCCAAACCACAAUUAAAUUCAACAUUUACUACAACACCCUCCACAUCUCAAAAUAUAAAUAAUGUUGGAGGACGUCAAAUACAUUCGAGUGGAAGUCUCUAUUCUUUUGCUGGAAAUGAAAAUAGUAGUUUAAUAUCAUCUGCAGCAACUUCCACUAAUCAACAAUUAAUAAAUAACAAUAAUUCCUUAAAUCAAAAUUUUAAAAGUAACAAUUCAAUAUUAAAUAAACAACAACAACAAUAUUCAUCUACUAGUACAUCAACAUCUUCAUUUUCAAGUACUCCAACACCAACAAGUAUAAUUGGUGAUGCAAAAAUAAUUACUGUUAAAGGAUUUACUCCACCUCAAUCUAGAAAAUCAAGCGAUGAAAACAACAAAAAUAAUUCUUUGCGUAAGCCAAUACUUAAUGUUGAACAUUUGGAACCUGUUAGUUAUGUUAGUUCAUUUAGCUCUGAAGUCGAUGAGGAUGAUGGAGGAUUUCGAGGUUUAAAUAUUCAAAAAAGUGUUAGCGGUAGAAGUUCUGCCCAACAGUCACAUUCAUCUACAACAGCUUUGGCAAGUAAAAGACCGUCAUGGAAUGAUGAUGGGGAGGAUGAAGUUGAUGAUGAUGAAGGUUCAAUACCAACAGAAAUUCUGAAUGAUGAACCUCUUGAAAUGUUGGAUGUUAACGAAAAUUUAGAACAAUUUGUAAUGGAACCCAUUAGAAAGAAUUGUACUUUAAAAUGCCGAAUUUCUAGAGAUAAAAGAGGAGUGGAUAAAGGAAUGUUUCCAACAUAUUAUUUACAUUUAGAAAAGAAUGAUGGGCGAAGGACAUUUUUAUUGGCUGCUAGAAGAAGAAAAAAAGCAACAACAGCUAAUUAUUUAAUUUCAAUUGACCCAACAGAUUUAAGAAGAAAUGGGCAAAGUUUUAUGGCUAAAGUUAGGUCAAAUGCAAUGGGUACAAUGUUUACAAUUUAUGAUAAUGGAGAAAACCCUAAAAAGCCUUCAGCUGUUGGGGAAAGUAUUAGAAGAGAGUUGGCAGCUGUUAUUUAUGAAAGGAAUGUACUUGGAUUAAAAGGCCCAAGAAAGAUGACUAUUAUAAUGCCUGGAAUAUAUAUUGACCCUAAACAUAAUUAUUUACGUCCUUUAGCUGUUAGACCUAUUUCGGUAAAUAUUUAUAUAUUAAAAAAAAUAUUUUUUAAGGAGAGAGAUUCAAUAUUAGAAAGAUAUAGAACUAAUAGAUUGGAUGAAAUGGUUGUUCUUAAUAAUAAACAGCCUGUUUGGAAUGAAGGUAAAUAAUAG